GGCUACGUCAAUUCAGAAUGUUUGACAUUUGCACAUAACCUUAAUUAUCAUUAAUUUUAUACGUUAAUGAAAAAAUAAAUAAUUUUAAAGGUGCGAAAGAAAAUUUACCUUCGAAAUGGAAACAAAACCGCAAAAAAUGCCAAAAGUGGCAAAAGUUAAAAAUAAAGCACCAGCUGAAAUACAAAUAACAGCUGAACAAUUAUUACGUGAAGCAAAAGAACGUGAUUUAGAAAUCUUACCUCCACCACCAAAACAGAAGAUCUCUGAUCCAGCAGAAUUAGCUGAUUAUCAACAUCGUAAGCGUAAAACAUUCGAAGAUAACAUUCGGAAAAAUCGUUUAGUCAUAUCAAAUUGGAUUAAGUAUGCUCAAUGGGAAGAAUCACAAAAGCAAAUACAACGUGCUCGAUCGAUAUACGAACGAGCUUUAGACGUUGAUCAUCGUAAUAUCACAUUAUGGUUGAAAUACACUGAAAUGGAGAUGCGUAAUCGACAAAUAAAUCAUGCACGUAACUUAUGGGAUCGUGCUGUUACAAUACUCCCACGUGCCAAUCAAUUCUGGUACAAAUACACGUAUAUGGAGGAAAUGUUGGAGAAUGUAGCUGGUGCACGGCAAGUUUUCGAACGUUGGAUGGAAUGGCAACCAGAUGAACAAGCAUGGCAAACUUAUAUUAACUUCGAGCUACGUUAUAAAGAAAUCGAUCGAGCGCGUGCGAUUUAUGAACGUUUUGUAAUUACUCAUCCAGAUGUUAAACAUUGGAUCAAAUAUGCACGAUUUGAAGAGAAUCAUGGUUUUAUCAAUAGCGCACGUAACGUUUAUGAACGUGCUGUUCAUUUUUUUGGUGAUGAUUAUAUGGAAGAGAAAUUAUUUAUUGCAUUUGCGAAAUUCGAAGAAAAUCAACGUGAACAUGAUCGUUGUCGGGUUAUUUACCGAUAUGCUUUAGAUCAUUUACCAAAAGAUCGCACUCACGAUUUAUACAAAGCGUACACAAUCCAUGAAAAAAAAUAUGGAGAUCGUUCUGGAAUUGAAGAUGUGAUCGUGAGUAAACGAAAAUAUCAAUAUGAACAAGAAGUAACAGCGAAUCCAAUGAAUUAUGAUGCUUGGUUUGAUUAUCUACGUCUGGUAGAAGAUGAAGGUGAUUUAGAAGUAGUGCGCGAAACAUAUGAACGAGCUAUUGCAAAUAUACCACCGACUAAAGAAAAACAAUAUUGGCGACGGUACAUUUAUUUGUGGAUUAAUUAUGCACUAAUGGAAGAAUUAAAUGUUGAAGACAUUGAAAAAUCACGUCAAGUAUAUCGAACCUGUUUGGACUUGUUGCCACAUAAAAUAUUUACGUUUAGUAAAAUAUGGUUGCUGUAUGCACAAUUUGAAAUUCGACAUAAAAACUUACAACAAGCACGACGAGCUUUGGGUACAGCUUUAGGUUUAUGUCCACGUGAUAAACUGUAUCGUGGUUAUAUAGAAUUAGAAAUACAGUUACGUGAAUUCGAUCGAUGUCGUAUUCUAUAUCAAAAAUAUUUAGAAUUUAAUUCAGAAAAUUGUAUUACUUGGAUGAAAUUUGCUGAAUUGGAAACGCUACUUGGUGAUAUCGAUCGAGCUCGGGCUAUUUAUGAAUUAGCAAUUGUACAACCACGUCUUGAUAUGCCCGAAUUAUUAUGGAAAGCGUAUAUUGAUUUUGAGGUAAAUCAAGAUGAAAUUGAUCGUGCACGAUUAUUGUACGAACGAUUAUUAGAACGGACAAUGCAUGUAAAAGUUUGGUUAUCCUAUGCUCAGUUUGAGCACUCAAAUAAUGAUUCUGAUUCAAAUGUACGUAUGGCACGGCGAAUUUAUGAGCGGGCUAACGAUCAUUUACGACAAGCGAGUCAAACAAAUAGUGAACAGAAAGAAGCUCGAGUUAUGUUGUUAGAAGCGUGGCGAGAUUAUGAAAUGGAACACGGUACACCGGAAACAAGACAAAAUGUGUUAGAUAAAAUGCCUAGACGUAUUAAGAAACGGCAGAAAGUUAUUGCUGAAGAUGGUAGUGAAGAGGGUUGGGAAGAAAUAUUUGAUUAUAUAUUCCCAGAAGAUGAAUCGUCUAGACCUAAUUUGAAAUUGUUAGCAUUAGCUAAAAAUUGGAAGAAAACGAAACAAGAUCAAACAGUAACAGAUUCCACAAAUAAACAAUCAUCAUCAACAGAUAAACAACCAACGUCUCCUGAAAUAGAGUCAUGA